AUGGCGACCAUUAUUGAGACUGCAGUGGAAAUAAACAAAUCUCCUCCAAAGGAGGAUAUCAAGUGGCAUAAUCUUCCAACACCAGAAGAACCAAAUGUGCCUCUUCCACCUCCGUCAGUCAACCCAACGGCAAUCUUGGAUGUCGACAAGGGUACGCCCGAUAGUCAUGUUGCUCGGGAUCCUCGACUUAUCCGCUUGACGGGUGUACAUCCAUUUAAUACCGAGCCGCCACUUACGGCUCUUUACAAAGAAGGAUUUCUCACAUCACCCGAGCUGUUUUAUGUCCGGAAUCACGGUCCCGUACCUCAAGUCCUUGAUGAGGAUAUUCCGAAUUGGGAAAUCAGCAUUGAAGGAUUAGUUGAAAACCCAAUAGUCCUAAACUUCAGAGAAAUCCUACAAAACUACGAUCAUAUCACAGCCCCAAUCACCCUCGUCUGCGCAGGCAACAGAAGAAAAGAACAAAACACAGUCCGCAAAUCAAAAGGGUUUUCAUGGGGUGCAGCCGGGCUCUCAACCGCGCUAUUCACAGGACCCAUGCUGGCAGACAUUCUGCGCACCGCGAAGCCCAUGCGGCGGGCAAAGUACGUGUGUAUGGAAGGAGCCGAUAAAUUGCCGAACGGUCAUUAUGGCACGUCAGUCAAAUUGAACUGGGCAAUGGAUUUCAACAAAGGAAUCAUGUUAGCGCACAAAAUGAACGGCGAGUCGUUGCGAGCGGAUCACGGCCGUCCUUUGCGGGUUGUUGUUCCCGGUCAGAUUGGGGGACGGAGUGUCAAGUGGCUAAAGAGGUUGAUAUUGACUGACCAACCGAGUGAUAAUUGGUAUCAUAUUAAUGAUAACCGGGUGCUGCCAACCAUGGUGUCCCCCGAGAUAUCGGCACAGGAUAAGAACUGGUGGACUGAUGAGCGGUAUGCGAUUUAUGACCUUAAUGUUAAUUCGGUGGCGGUUUAUCCGCAACAUGAAGAGGCGUUGGAUCUUGCCGCGGCUGGGCCAAUGUACACUGCCAAGGGUUAUGCAUACGCAGGAGGCGGUCGGAGAAUUACGAGGGUGGAGGUGUCUUUGGAUAAAGGGAAGACUUGGCGACUCGCCGAUAUUGAAUACGCAGAAGACAAAUACCGCGAGUGGGAAGGUGAUCUAUUUGGAGGCAAGGUUGACAUGUGGCAGCGAGAAAACUGUUUCUGUUGGUCUUUCUGGUCUCUGGAUGUCCCAGUGUCGGAUCUCGAAGACAGCGGAGCAAUGUUAGUCAGAGCCAUGGAUGAAGCCUUGACUGCCCAGCCACGAGAUAUGUACUGGUCUGUCUUGGGAAUGAUGAACAACCCGUGGUUUCGAAUCACGAUCUCAAAGGAAGGGGGAUCCCUGAAAUUUGAACACCCAACUCAUCCUGCGAAGGCCGGGGGAUGGAUGGAGAAUGUCAAAACGGCAGGCGGCGAUUUAACCAACGGUAACUGGGGCGAACGGAUCGAGGGGGAAGUUUCCGUCGAACCAGAGCCUGUGAAGGAGAUUAAUAUGAAGAAAGAAGGAGCCAGCCGAGUUAUUGACUUGCUAGAGCUAAAGUCAAAUAGCAGUGCUGAGACGCCUUGGUUUGUGGUCAACGGGGAAGUGUAUGAUGGCACAGCCUUCCUGGAAGGCCACCCCGGAGGAGCAAUCAGUAUCACUGCCUCUGCUGGUCUGGAUGUGUCGGAGGAUUUCCUUGCCAUUCACAGCGAGACGGCUAAGAUGAUGAUGCCUGACUACCAUGUCGGCACUUUGGACAAGACGUCCCUCGAGGCACUGAAAAACAAACCCUCUCCAGUAUCCGACGAACCCCGCCCGGUCUUCCUUCAGUCUCGAGCCUGGUCUAAGGCCAAGCUGAUAGAAGUGAAGAAUGAGUCUUGGGAUACGCGAAUAUUCGUCUUUGACCUGGAACACGGGAAACAAACCUUGGGUCUGCCGAUCGGCCAGCAUUUAAUGAUCAAGGUCCCAGAUCCCGUCACUAAAGAGGCCAUCAUCAGAUCAUACACUCCGAUCUCUGAGACAAGCCUAGUAGGGAAGAUGGAGCUGCUGGUGAAAAUAUACUUCCCAUCUGGUACGAUACCAGGCGGCAAGAUGACCAUGGCCCUGAACAAGCUUCCUCUGGGAGCAGAAAUAGACUGCAAGGGGCCAACAGGGCGUUUCGAGUAUCUUGGAAACGGCCGAGUACUCAUCGGCGGCAAAGAGCGCAAGGUCCGCUCCUUCAAGAUGAUCUGCGGAGGGACUGGUAUCACGCCGAUAUUCCAGGUCUUACGUGCUGUGAUGCAGGACCCUCAGGAUCCUACCACCUGUGUUGUGCUCGACGGCAACAGGUUGGAGGAGGACAUCCUAUGUCAGGCUGAGCUCAAUACCUAUGCUGCGGCGGACAGCCGGAAGUGUACUCUAGUGCAUACCCUGACAAAGGGCUCGGAAGAUUGGAAGGGCCGGCGAGGCCGUAUCUCCGAGGAACUGCUUUUAGAAUAUGCGCCUCCCGGGGAGGAAAGCAUGGCGAUUCUUUGUGGACCUGAGGCGAUGGAGAUAUCAGCUCAGAAAAUUCUCCUUGACCAAGGUUGGAAGGAGUCGGAUCUUCAUUUCUUCUAG